CCACCUCGCUGUGCGAAGGAUGUCGGAUUGCAAACAGGCCCGGGCCUCCUCUAAGGCUCUGUCAAAAACUCGUCAAAAACUCAAAUAUAUCGGGGGUGAGUUAAAAACUCGUCAAAAACUCAACUCCUUGGGUAGUUUUUCACGGGGCCCUAGCUCCUCCGCAAACUCCGACCCUGAUAAGGCGCUGUCUGAGCCUUCUGUAGACACAGCAUUGCAUUCUAGUUACAUUGUGCUGCAUGUGAACAAUCCCGGUCAAGGCAGCGAGGUCGAGUGUUUCAAAAACUCGAGCUGCAGUUUCAUAUGCAACACACUGUAAAUAUAGAACCUUUCACUCAAGCAGUACAGAUCAUAUCAGACAUGCACGGCUUCUUAGACUGGACCAUAUAUUGCAUAACUGCAAUAGACCUGCACGCCAACUAUGCUUUCAUCGCUAUAGCAUGUCUUUGGGUUUACGACUUUGCUCUCACCCUCGAUAAAGAUGUCGCAUUCAUACUGGACGCUCCAUGGCGAAUACCCAAACUAACGUAUCUUACCUGCCGGUACUUGCCGUUUGCAUUGGUCGUUACCGACAUGCUUCAAAUUUCACAGUUUGGACUUUCCCUCAAGUCCUGCACAACUUUGUUUGAGUUCAGCGUAUAUGUCGGAGGAAUCGUACUGGUUUGUGCAGAAUCACUCUUUAUGGGGAGGGUUUUGGCGGUAAUGGGUCGCAGAUGGCUGAUAACGUGUUGCAACGUUGUGCUCUUCCUGGUCCCAGUGGUGGUGACGCUUAUAUUAUUCAACUCUUCUUCCACAAGUGCAAUCACGCAGUCACCUAUUCCAAUAGUCGCAGGUUGCUACAGCAGCAAGCAGCGUCGCAUUGUCAUUGUAGCCUACAUUGUGCUCGUCAUCGUAGAAAUAGAAAUCCUCAGUUUCAUGUUAUAUCACUUGUGGAGGCUUUACAGAGAACAUGAAACCGAUUUGCCUCUUGUACGGGUCCUGGUCAGACAUAACAUGUUUUACUUUGCCUGUGGGCUUUUAUUUUCCACCAUGACCGUGGUCGUUGUGGUUACUCUUCCUGCAUCGUACUCAGAUGCAGUAUUAGUUUUACAGUUUGCGAUACACGGAAUACUAGCGACACGCAUGCACCGCGAACUGUACGACACAGCUCAUCACACUGAAGAGACUUCCACGGGGAAUGUGUCCCUUCCUCUUGUUUUCGCACCAGCUUCGUCAGAGAUGCAUCAUGCAACCUGAUUGUAGAGGUCUUUCGUCUCCUCAUCCUGGAGAAUACUAGACCAAUGAUUUUUAGAUAAAGAAUUCAUAUCUUCUCGAUUGGUAAGGGUAGAUA